AUGGAUAUUUUGACGGAGAACGCUUCCGAAGACGGCACGGACGGAUAUGGUUUGGAAACACGAUAUCUGAUCGCACAUUUGGGUGAUGUCUUACGCACUUACAUGACGGAACUGGUAAUCAAGCGCCCCUCUGACCCGAUAGAUUAUCUAGCCCGGAGCCUCAAACACCAUGCCGAAGUGGAUCGGGAAAUUGCACAAGAGCUCGCCGCGGAACAGGCUGACGAAGAUGAUGAGGACGAGAAAGACUCACCAGAUUCGUCAACUGCAGUCGAAAAAGACACUGUGUUGGACACUAUUACCACAAGCGUAGCGGACAAUGGUCUGGAUGUAGUUGAUCCAGUGUCCCAUUCAGAAAGCACGACAGAAGAACCGGGUAUCAACAUAUCCGAAUCCCAGAAUGUCGAAGAAGUUGAGAAAACUAUCGGUGAAGAUGAUAAAUCAGAACUUGAGUUCGACGAUUCGCACAAGAAGCCCAAAGAACCAUCCGAUGAUGAGUCCGUUGAUCGGGGAGAGAUCGAUAAUAUAGAUCAAUUUAAAUCGGAUAAGGUGGACGAUCUGGGACAAGAUAAUACUGACCUGAUCGUGGACGAUACUAUGGUAGCAGACAGUUUGGAUUUCGAAGACGGUCGAGUUGACUUGUCAGAUAUAGUGCCAGAGGAUACGGAAACUCGGGCGGAAGACGACGACGAUCCAGGAUACUUCCCAAAUGCAAACCUGUCCAUUUCCAUGAAUUAUAUCAUCAGCGAUUUCGUCAACUUGGACGAUGACGAUGAUGAAUUGAAUGACGAUGAUCAUGAUGAUGGUGAUGACGAGGAUGAUGUGGAGGCUGAUGAUGAUGACUUGGAUGAUGAUGGUGAAGAAUAUGAUGAUUUGAAUAAGGUUGACGAUGACGUCGAUGAUGAUGCUGAUUUGGAUUAUGUUGAAGAUGAUCGUGAAGAUGAUGGUGAUUUGAAUGGUGAUAUUGAUGAUGAUGAUGAUAUAGAGGAUGAGGAUUUGGAUAAUGUUGAUGAUCACUAUUGGCAUGAUGAUGGUGAGGAUGAUGAUGAUGACGAUAAUGAUGAUGAUUUCAUUGACGAUGAUGAUGAUCUGGAUGAUGGUGAUGCUGAUGUUGAUGAUGAUUUGGAAAGUGAUGAAGAUUCGAAUGAUGAAGAUGAUUGUGAUGAUGAACAUGAAGACGAUGAUGACGACGAUCAAGAUGAUGAUGAUAUGCAUGUAAAUGAUGAUGAUAUUGAAGAUGGUGACGACGUGGAUGAUGAAGACGAUGAUAAUGAUGAUAAGAAUUAUGAUGAAGAUAAUGAUGAUUUCGAUGAUGACGAUGACGACGGUGAUAAUGAUUGGGAUAUUGAUGACGAGGGUGAUUUAUAUGAUGAUGACAUUGAUGAUUUGGAUGAAGAAAAUGAUGAAGAUGGUGACUUGGUUGAAGACGAUGAUGAUAGUGGAGACGAUGAUUCAUCUGUCAAACGAUUGAUAUCGUCCAUGGGAAACAUCGAAAAUCUCAGUGCUAUUCCAUUCCUGGUCGAGCUACCAGAAAUGUAA